CUUUUACCAUGUCCUGGAAUGUAGUCUGAAGCAUAAUAGCAGUUCAUUUUAUACAACAGGGUUAAAUGAUGCUCUGCAUAUCUAGCAUAAUGACGAGGACGAUUUCAGGAAUCACCAUUCUCUAAUGAAACAGUUUGCUAAGAAAGAUUCAAACUUAGGAAAAUCACAGGUGCACAUUUCUGGUCCUGUAUGUGAGGAACUUUGUUUGAGUUGCAUUAUGUUCCAUUUCAGGACAACAACGACGGCUGCUGGGAGCGGGAGCUCGGAGGCAACCUGGAGGUGAAUGCGAACGCCCGAAGGACGACGAGGCAAGAGCAGAACGACGCCUACCUGCCGGCCGAGAUGGGGAUCAUGAGCAAGCAGCCCCACUAACUACUUCUGCAAGACGCUCACCACCAGCGACACCAACACGCACGGCGGCUUCUCCGUGCCGUGCCAUGCCGCUAAGCGCGUCUUCCCUCCUCUGGUGUGAUGAGUGUGUUACUUCUGGGCGGUGCCCCUUUCCAUUUCGCACCCUGCCUUUUGGGUCUGCUGUUGCCAAUAACAGGUGGUAUAGUGUGGUUUGUAGGAUGCUCAGGAGCUAAUUGCGAGGGACAUCCAUGACAACGAUUGGAAGUUCAGGCACAUCUUCCAAGGCAAGUUUGUUUCAGUAAAUUCUCCAGGCCUUGUUCCUAGUACUCCUACAUCAUCACCUUGUUUCAGUAAAUUCUCUUCUACGGGCUGGCAAAAAAAAAAAAAACAGAUUCCUAAAAUAUAAGUCACAGAUGUUUCUGAAAUCGAGAGCCAGGUACCAACCCAAAAGACACCUCUUAGCUACUGGCUCAGUACAUAGUGUGUUUGUUAGUGCUAAUAGACUUGUUGCUGGAGACUCAGUGCUUUUCAUAUGGUUCAUUGCCAUUAAAAGAUGAUUUGUGGUGUCAACUGUAUUUUCUUCAGUUAGUUCAGUUCGCUUUAGCUGAUAUUUUAGGCUGCAAGUUUCUUAAAAUUUUCUUGGCAGUAAUUUUCACUAACAUGCAGUUAUUGUUGAAGGAAAUGGUGAAGCAAACGGCAAUGGCAAGCUGGUCAGCGUCGUCAUCUGGACACAGGUAUGCCAGCAAUGUGUUUUUCCUCGCAGGCAAUCAAAGUACUCAAUGAUGGGAUGAAUUGUGACAUUAUCAAGAUUGGUAGCAUCGUAAGAAACAAGAGGAUCUUCUUCGUGCUGCUGCUGCUGCUGCUCGUGUUCGCGGCCGUUCAAUCUGCAGCAGGUCGGCAAGGAAAAAGAUACAGCGUCAUGGAUUUCCAUGCUGCCGGGGAUGGCAGCACAGAUGAUGCAAAGGCGUUCGCGGCGACAUGGAACGCAACUUGCCGUGACAGCAGCUCGCCGACCAUGGUCAUCCCUGGAGGAAGGACGUUCUUGUUAAGCCAGAUCAGGUUGAAUGGACCCUGCAAGUCGCCUGUCACCGUGCAGCUGGACGGGAACAUCGUGGCGCCAAACGCCAUCUGGACGACGACAGCAGCGAACCUCCUUACCUUCUACCGCGUCAACAACCUGACGGUGAACGGGAGUGGCCAGAUGGACGGCAAUGGCGCCAUCUGGUGGACUUGCUUCAACAAGAAGAAAUGUCGUGUCCGGCCAAUUCUGCUAGCAUUCGCAAGCUGCAACAACCUAUCCGUGAAGAACAUACACCUGAAGGACAGCCCAGACAAGCACAUGACCUUGUUCCGGUGCAGCCAGGUGCAGGUGAACAACGUCUCCGUCAGGGCGCCAGGCAAAAGCCCUAACACGGACGGGAUCACCAUGUCCUUAUCCGACCACGUUUAUAUCUCGAAUUGCUCUUUCAAAACCGGUGACGACUGCGUGUCGAUUCUAUCAGGGACCAGUGAUGUUAAUAUCACCAACAGCGCGUGUGGGCCUGGUCAUGGCAUCAGUGUGGGAAGCCUUGGAGGCAACAAUACGACAGCACUUGUGGAAAGGAUUACAGUAUCCAACUGCAGCUUUUCUAAAACUAUGACUGGUGUUAGGAUCAAAUCGUGGCAGGGUGGCAGUGGCAAAGCAAAUGGUUUCCUUUUUGAGAACCUCAACAUGACUGAUGUCCAAUAUCCUAUUGACAUUGACCAGUUCUAUUGUCCCCCGGGAAAUUGUCCGCCACAGGAUAGCGCUGUGGCCAUAUCUGACGCCAGGUUCAUCAACAUCCACGGGACAUCCUCCAACCCCAAAGCCAUCCGGAUUCUGUGCAGCCAGAGUGUGCAGUGUCGCGGCAUCUAUCUUGACAACAUUAACCUCUCCUGCUCCAGGCAUACCGCCCGAACACGAGCCACUAUUUCCAAUGCCUACGGAACCAUUGCGGGCACGGUGAAACCACAUGUACAGUUCCUAGGCGCUUGAUAAAGAGUACUCUCCGCUGUUUAACACACAUAACAAGUCUAGAUAGGUAGACGAAGGAGCAGCACAAUGCUACUGUAGGUAGAUGAGUGCCAUGUAAGGAGUAGAGUACCCGCUGAAAUUAGAUUGAUUCUUCUAUUGAUGCUUGGUGCUAUCUCAUACACAUUCUCAUGUCUAAAAGUUCUUACUGUAUGGUCAUAUAACGUGAUGCAAAGCAUCGAGGUGUCGGGGCAGAAAUUCAGAGUAUCUCAUUUAUUUUAACGAUU